GAGCGUCGGCACUCUCCCCGCCCCAUAUUUAUAUGGCGGCCCGUUGCAUGCGGCGUGAAGGUCAGCCCUAAACCGGAGCCGAUAGUCACGGUGCGCCUACUGAAUAAUCCCGAACCGCGUCUAGUAUUUCUGAAGACUCGAUCCUAGCCCCCGACGGAGUUGAAGACUCUUUUACUUUUUUGUCUUCUCGCUCCUGAGAAUACUCAGAUCAUUGCGAAUAUGGCUCCAUACUCUACGGAUAUGCAAUUGGCUACCGCAGUACUCGCGGUUAACAGUUGUGGCCUAGCACUCUCUUCUAUCUCUGUCGCUUUGAGAUUUUGGGCCCGUUCUAUUCGGAAACUCCAGUUGAGGUUGUCUGAUUAUAUGAUCAUCGCCUCAUGGUUAUUUUCAGUUGGUCUCGUUAUAAGCGAGAAUUAUUGUGUUACGCGCGGAGGAGUUGGUCAGAAGAUGGUGAAUGUCGCUCCAGAAGAGUUGCUAUUUUCAACCAAGCAAUUUUUGGUUGUUGAUGUAUGCGGAUCGCUCGCAGUGGCAUUCGUCAAGAUUUCUAUCCUUGAUUUUCUUCUUUCUGUAUUUGCAACCCAGGAUGGCUUCCGCAUUUCGGCCUAUAUCCUAAUGGCUCUUUCCGCGGGUUAUGGAUUGAGCUUCACCAUCGUCUCGCUGGCCGGCUGCCAGCCGUUCGAAGCAAAUUGGGAUAAGAUUUCUUAUCCUAAUUAUACAUGUAUUAACACAUCCCAUUUCUUCAUCGCACAGGCGGGAAUCGGCGUUACUCUAGAUUGUCUGAUCCUUUUCCUUCCGAUGCCCGUAGUGUGGAACCUCUCGCUUAAAACGAGCAAAAAAGUCGCCUUAACUUCUAUUUUUACCAUGGGCAUUUUCAUCUGUGUCAUUUCCAUCACUCGUCUUGCAUAUAACACCAAUCAGACAUGGAUGACUGCGCAUUUCACCGAGUACGGCGCCAUUGCCUGUAUUCUCGGUGCAUUGGAAGCCAAUUUAUCCAUUGUCUGCGCAUGUCUUCCCACUUUACCGCCAUUGUUGUCAGCUUUCAAGGGAAGAGUAAAGUCAUCCUUUGGUUCUAACAAUGGGGGGAUAAAGGGGGUAUUCAGCAAUUUCUCCACCAAAGACCGUAGACCUACUCGCAAUUCCAUCAAACUCGACUCUACUAAUUUUAGGCCCCGGAACAUGUCAAUCGAGGAUGAUGUUGAGAGCGUCCGGCUCCAAAACCAGGUUGAUAAGCUGUAUCCGUUGAACGCGAUGCUUGCGAGUCGUGCGAGCGUGGAAAGGGAAAUAGGAUGGAUGAGCCAGACUGGAAGAAGCUAUGCUCGGGUGGCUUCAACAAUUUCUGGGAGUAGCGGUGAUGCUGCUUUAGAGAUGGCAAGGCUUGGGGAGAAAGUUGAGCCGUAUAGUGCUAUAAACGUGACGAAGAGUUGGAGAGUAAACUAGUCUGAACCAUUAAUUGUGUCUUUACAUGGAAG